UAUGAUCCAAGUGUCCACAACAAAAUAACCAAUAUAUAUCUCCACUAUUCUUGUCGUUUUAUUUGGCAGUAUAUUUGUAUAUAUAAACAACAAUGUCAAUGUAUUUUUUUUUCUUUUUUUAUUUGUUUCCACAACGGUUUAUUUGUAGGCUUUCAUUUGAUUGGGAGUAUGACUGGAAGCCUAUGAUUCGUAAGAGUCGUUUGGUAUCCAAGAUAUCUGUUAACGUAUCGUUUUAUUAGUUCUAUAAAGCUAUGCAUGAAGAUUGUACCUGAGGCUCAAAAAAUAAUAAUUCACUGUUAACGUUAAUCCCGUUGGUUCACCCACAUAUUUUAUAUAUAACCGUAUAUACAACUAGUCGUGCGCAUGUGUCAGGCUUUGGUCGACCCUAUCCCGUACCUGAACCAUGUUUGUUCAACAAGAUUAGAAACUAGAUAUGACUAAACCCAAACCUAUUUGAAUCCGGUUUGUCCCAAAAAUGUGUACCAAUUUUUCUUCAUUUUCUUGCACAGAACAGAUUCCGGCCCUAUUUGAACUUAAUAUUUACUCGGUCCGCGAACCCAAAAACUUAAACCGGUUUCAAAACAACCGGUUUUAAGAAAAACGCUUUUGAAAAUCCGGUUUUAAGAAAUAACUUAUCGGUUUGACUAGAGGUGUCCAAAACAACCGGUUUUAAGAAAAACGUUUUUGAAAAUCCGAACGGGAUUCCUCCCAAAUCUGUUUGGUUUUUUGCCGUUUGAAUUUCAAUUUCAAGAAUAGGCUUUUUAGCGAUUUCAUAUCGAUUUGGUUUUGGUUUUUGGGAAAAAACCUGGAAAAAUGGUCAACACCAAAACCAGUUGGGCUUUAGUCAAGAACAGUUUUUGCUCGUGUUGACCCAAACCAGUUUAAAUCAGUUUAAAUUUCAGUUUCAAGAAUCAGUUUUAUACCAAUUUUAUGUUGCUUUGUUUUUUUUUUAAUUUAAAAAACCUAUCAACCUUUAGACCAAAACGGGUCUCAAAACCGGUUCGGGUUUGGUCAAACCGGAUUUUGAUCGUGUUGACCCUAACGGGUUUGGCCCAAAAUCGGUAUUUUUUCCGACUAGUUUUACAUGUCAAGGCCCAUUGAGAAAAGACUGAAAUCCAGCCCAUUAAAAAUCCACAAAAGUCUAGAAACCCAUAGGGCACAAAUUACUGAUUACCCUAGGCUAGCCUUCCUCCUCCCUCCCUCAAAAAAACACACACACACACAGUAAGAAAGAAAGAAAGAAAGGAGUCCAAGGAAAAUGGUGAGGAAGAGACACAAGCACCAUGGAAAAGAGAGAUGCAACCUCACUUACCCUCAGAGAAUGAUUGACGCCCCUCCAUCUGCACGCCGCCAAAGCCAUCUACAUCACAGCUGCAUGAUGAGAUGAGGCAAGAACAUGUUGAGCUGGAAUUAUCGAGAAAUGAAGUGGGAAGAGUUAUAAAUGAAAAUGGGCUGCUAAUGGGUAAUAAUCUUGGGGAUAUGACCAUUCAGGAGCUGCAUCAGCUAGAGAAGCAACUCAAUGAUGGUUUAAUAUCUGUCAAGAAAAUGAAGGAUGCCAUGCUUUUCAAUGAAAUUGAGUGCUCAAGUCGCAAGGUUAGAGAGCUUAAUUAUGAAAAUGAAUUCCUUCAAGGAGAAAUUAAGAAGUUAAAGCAGUUUCUCUCUAUAACGCAGCAUAAAGAAGAUAUAUGUACCAAAACUUCUGCCGACGAGAGUGCCCGGGUACUAUAUUUUGCAAUGGGGAAAGAGGAGGAUCUUACUCCAGUUCUUGAUGAUCAAGAAUUUCUACUACAGGGGACACAUGGAAUAAAUGAGACAUUCAGCAGGAAUUUUCAAGAAAUGGAUUAUUCGGCAGAAGAUUCAUUGGGCUACCCUAUGGUGACUACUCAAAAAAGGAGGAGGUGUUGCCAAAGAGGCAAACAAAUUCAACUACCGAAUUCUUUUGGUUAUGGUCAAAGAAGAGAAAGUGUUUUUGAGAGAAUUGGAGAACAUGUUAUGGCUGGAAAAGGGAAAGAACAGGUGGGAAAAAGGGUAGAGAAUCAAGCAUUUGUAAGAGGGACAGAAUAUGGAAAAUCAGUUAACGAUACAUUGAACAAAGUGGUGAGUGAUACCGAAAAUCAGUCAAUGGGAGAAGUUAUUUUUCCUAAUGAAGCGUUACAAAGAAUUAGCCCUGGAAUUGGUGGAACUCCCAAAGUGGAGUAUGAGGUUAAGAAAGAUGGCAGAAAACAGUCCAAUAAUACUGCAGGGAAUGUUUUUACUUGUAACAGUUUCCAUGUACUCAAUGAUGAAGAUAUCGUGAACGAGGUUGAUUCUGUUAUUGGAGGGACAGGGAGUUACAUGGCAGUAAAUAAAGAGGAUAAGGAUGUGGUACCAAAUCUGGCUGUAAUGACAGAGGCUGUAAAAGAGGUUAUGUGGCUUGAGGGAAUUCUGACUGAAAUGGGAAUUGAUAUAAGGAAAACAGUGGUUAAUUGUGACAAUCAAAGUGCCUUGCUUUUGUCAAUGCACAAUAAUGUGAAGUUGCAGUUUAAAAAAGAAGUAGUGGAAUCAAAGUUUGUGACAGUAUGCAAAGUAGAUACUGAGAAUGCAGCAGAUAUGCUUACAAAGUGUCUUAUUAUGGAGAAGCUUCAGAAGUGUUUGGAAUUGGUGCUGGGCAUAGUUGUCAAGUCUGAUGAACUAGUCAAGCAAGUUGGAGAUUAUAAAGAAGUAAAAGAACCAUCAAGUAAAUGGCUUGAUGAGUUAUAAUCAGUCUAUAUAGUGAUUAAUGAUUUUUUUUUUCUCUCCCUGAUUGGAAUUGUAUAGAUUAGAGCAAGAGUUUAGUAAGUAGCCUUGAAACUUUGAUGCUGAUGUGCCAAGAUUGGCAGUUGGGGCCUUGAAAUUGUAACUUGUUGGUAUAUAAGUUCUGCAAAGGUGACACAGGUAAAUGGUAUGUUACUAUUGGAUGUAUUGUUUUUAAAUUUGCUGCAGAAUCAGUAAACGUUAGGGUGAUUCUGUCAUUGUUUAUGAAUGCCUUGAGUUUUAGCUGUA